UGACAGUUGUUGCAAAGAUAACCUGAAAGAACGGCUGGCUGGCCCGACCAUGGCGGCAAGCGCAAAGAAAAUCCUUUCCAAAAUUCGGCAAACUAACCAAAUAGCUGGAGGAACGCUGUACGUAGUAAACAGAAACCCUAGAAACCUAGAACGUUUACGUUUAGCGUACAAAACCGACGGAUAUCAUCUCGAGCGGCCCGUUCGAAACUUUUGGCACAGGUUGGAGCUGAACGCUAGCAACAAAUACGUAACGGCCAAAUUGGUGCACUUUGAGAACGGCACCGUGAUCGAGUGCAGUACCACAGAAUGGGCCUUGAAGCGGCACCUCUACAAAGGGAACGACUACACGGCGUACAGCACGCUGGGCAAAGCGUUUGCCGCACGAUGUCUGGACGCAGGGCUUACCGAGAUGCGGUGUGAUUUGAAACCGACGGCCGGCAUCAAGGUGGAUGCAUUUCUGCGCGCCGUUGAAGAGAGUGGAAUCGUACUACAAGAACCGGAACGUAUUCGCCCAACGUACUCGUGGGACAUGCAUCGGCCCGAAAAACCAUGGGAAGUGACAGAAUAACACAACAACACGAAUGGUGUACAUGGUGUGGUUUAGUGAGCUACGGUUUAUUAGGUCAAUAAACGAGAAGCUGUUUCAUUGCAA